GCCUUAUAAUUGGACCAACCACAUUACAAACCCAAACCCUCACCUUCCAAUCUCUCCAUAUGGACGACAAAUACAGCACUAAUGGUGGAGCAGCGGCGGCGAGCUCGUCGGCUGUUGCCGAUGAAAGCCUUAGCAGCAGUGGCAUGCGGGUGGCGGACACGUUGCUCCGCCUUGCAUCGAUGGGGCUCUGCGUGGCGGCGCUUAUUGUGAUGCUCAAGAACUCCCAGACCGAUGACUACGGCUCUGUUGCUUACUCCGACCUUGGAGCUUUCAAGUUUUUGGUGCAUGUUAAUGGAAUAUGUGCUGGGUACUCGUUUCUGUCGGCGGUGGUGGCGGCCAUGUCUCGACCUUCAACCAUGUCUAAAGCUUGGACUCUGUUCUUCCUGGAUCAGCUGCUGACCUACAUAACCCUGGCGGCGGGGACGGUGUCGACGGAGGUGCUGUACUUAGCCUACAAUGGGGACACUGAAAUAACAUGGAGUGCAGCCUGUGGGUCGUUUGGCAAGUUCUGCAGCAAAGCCACGGCCUCGGUGGUGAUCACCUUCGUUGUGGUUGCUUUCUAUGCUUUCAUUUCCAUUCUAUCUUCUUACAAGCUCUUCGGUAGAUACAGUGCUCCCAUGCCGGAUCCCUCCAAGCAACUUGAGGUCUCUGCCUUCUCUGGGCGAUGCUGAAUUGUUUUCAUACACUCAUUGGUUUUAAUGAAUCAUUUGUGAAGAGCGUGUCAUGAACGAUUGUAUAAACUGUUUGGGCAAAAGCAAAACUUUUAUGGUUGUGUACUCAAAUUUAAUAAUUAUAAACCCUUUGAUUUCGAACUUUUA